AUGUUCAAGCUUCUCAUCGCGGCGGCUCUCGCUGCCGUGGGCGUCUCCCAGUACAGCCCGCCGCCAUCUUUCGGCAACAUGACCAACUCAUCAACAUUCAUGAACCCGAUCGUGCCCACUGGAGCAGACCCGUGA